AAGUUGCUUUGGUUGUGUAGGAGCUCGCGGGCGCGCGCUUUCCGCUUCCGGUGUUAUUACCGCUAAGUGUGUAAAAGCCGCGCCCCUCAAUUGCACGAGCGGCCUGAUUAACCGUGGUUUCAGGAAGAGCGGCUGCUUUAACCGCAGUUUAUCACUCAGCACAUGCGAGGAACAAAUCCCGGCCGAGCCCCCAGUGUUACUCUCACCGCUUCAGCAACUCCCAGCGGCAGAGGAACAACUCGUUACUUCAUGUUCGGCCAAAUGAUGAGAGGGACAAAGUUCUUCCGAAGCAUGAGUUUUACUUCUUUAGGCAAAUAAAAGUUGUCAGGGUUACAGUGCACAAUAACUCCCGGGUGGCUGAACUGAAAUAAACUAAAGGAAAAGCAAAGCAGAAACUUUUUCUCCCCGUUUUCUCCCCCGAACUGCACAGCCAACACCAGCACCCUUCUUCCGAACUACAUUACCCAUCAUGCACUUCGCUCAGGACUACAACACCCACAGUUAGUGAUCCGGUGAAAGUGAAAGUGCAUUUAGUGCAGAAAGGAAGCAAAUCACUGGCAGGAGAAAAACACAGUUUACAGGUGUAAUCUGUAGGAGGAGACAUGACCUCCAACAUGAGUGUGUCUGUGAACCAGCGCUUAAAGAAAGAUGAGAGUCUGAUUCAGGGUGAGAGAUCAGACUCACCUGAACCCAGCUGUGUGUCCAUGAAGAGUGACGCGUCAAUGGAUCAUCCAAUAUACUUCAGAGACACAGACUGUGCUACUGAUCUGAGACUGCAGAAGAAUAAAUCAAAAAUCAGUGAGAAGAGUCAUUUGGAGGCCAUAUUCAAGGAUCUGGAGCACAAAGUCAUCACUCUGUUAAAGAAUGAGCUGAAGAGAUUUAAGAAGCUCCUGAGUCCAGAUUACCCAGCAUGCUCUGAGAGGGAGGUGGAGGGUGAGGAGGAUCAGAGCAGUGUCAGAGAGGGAGCGCUGAAGAUCACACUGCACGUCCUGAAGAACAUGAACCACACAGAUCUCGCUCACACACUGCAGAACAAACUCGUGUACAAGCAGAAACUCAAAUCCAAACUGAGAGAGAAAUGUAAAAGAAUUAAUGAAGGAAUCUCACAGCAUGGAAGCUCAGCACUUCUGAAUGAGAUCUACACAGAUCUCUACAUCACAGAGGGUUGGAGUGGAGACGUCAAUAAUGAACAUGAGGUGAGACAGAUUGAGACAGCGUCCAGGAGACCAGCAACACAGGAGACACCCAUCAAAUGUAAUGAGCUCUUUAAAGACAAGUCCAUCAGAAGUGUGCUGACUAAAGGAGUUGCUGGAAUUGGAAAAACAGUCUCUGUGCAGAAGUUCAUUCUGGACUGGGCUGAAGGAAAAGCAAAUCAGGACAUCACCUUCAUGUUUCCACUUCCCUUUAGAGAGCUGAAUUUGAUGAAGCAGAAAAAUCUCAGUCUGAUGAAACUUCUUCAUCACUUUUUCCCAGAAAUAAAUAAAUUACAAUUAAUAGACUGUAAUGUUCACAAAGUGAUAUUCAUCUUUGAUGGUCUGGAUGAGUGUCGACUUCCUCUAAAUUUCCAGAAAAAUAAGAGAUUGUGUGAUGUGACAGAGUCAGCCUCAGUGGAUGUGCUGCUGACAAACCUCAUCAAGGGGAAUCUGCUUCCCUCUGCUCUCCUCUGGAUAACCUCUCGACCAGGAGCAGCCAAUCAGAUCCCUCCUGAGUGUGUAGACCAGGUAACAGAGGUACGAGGGUUCAGCGAUCCUCAGAAAGAUGAGUACUUCAGGAAGAGGAUCAGUGAUCAAAGCCUGGCCAAUAAAAUCAUCACACACAUGAAGUCUUCAAGAAGCCUCUACAUCAUGUGCCACAUCCCGGUCUUCUGCUGGAUCUCAGCCACUGUUCUAGAGAGAAUGUUGGGUGAAGCAGAGAGUGGAGAGAUCCCCAAGACUCUGACUCAAAUGUUCACACACUUCCUGAUCUUUCAGAUCAAACACAAGGACCAAAAGUACCAUCAGAAAUGUGACCCUGAUCCUCAGCAGACCAGAGAGAGUAUCCUGGCACUGGGAAAACUGGCUUUCCAACAGCUGGAGAAAGGAAACCUGAUCUUCUAUGAGGAAGACCUGAGAGAGUGUGGCAUUGAUGUCAGAGAAGUGUCAGUGUACUCAGGAGUGUGUACCCAAAUCUUCAGAGAGGAGUUUGGGCUUCACCUGGGGAAGGUGUUCAGCUUUGUACAUCUGAGUGUUCAGGAGUUUCUGGCUGCUUUAUACGCAUUUCUCUCUUUCAUUAACAAAAAGAAUGCAACACUUCCAACCUGGUUUGGUCUUUUAUCCAAAUCAAACAUGUCUGAUUUCCUGAGAAGUGCAGUGGACAAGGCCUUACAGAGUGAGAAUGGACACCUGGACCUUUUCCUCCGCUUCCUUCUGGGUCUCUCACUGGAGUCCAAUCAGACUCUCUUACGAGACCUAAUGCCCCAGACAGGAAGCAGCUCUCACAACAAACAGAAAACAGUCAAGUUCAUCAAGGAGAAGAUCAGGAAGAAUCCAUCUCCAGAGAAAUCCAUCAAUCUGUUCCACUGUCUGAAUGAACUGAAUGAUCAUUCUCUAGUGCAGGAAGUACAGCAUUACCUGAAAAGUAAAGAUGACAAUCGUCUCAGGGGAGUCAGUCUCUCUCCUGCUCAGUGGUCAGCUCUGGCGUUUGUGUUGCUGAACUCAGACGAGAAUCUGGAUGAGUUUGAUUUGGAGAAAUAUGACAGAUCAGAGAAAUGUCUUCUGAGGCUGCUGCCCGUGGUCAAAGCAUCCAGAAAAGCUGAGCUGUGGAAGUGUAAUCUCACAGGGGAAAGCUGUAGAGCUCUGUCCUCAGUUCUCAGCUCAAACUCCUCCAGUCUGAGAGAACUGGACCUGAGUUACAGUAUUAACCUGCAGGAUUCAGGAGUGAAGCUGCUCUCUGCUGGACUGGAGAAUCCACACUGUACACUGGAGACACUGAGGCUGGAAGGCUGCAGUAUUACAGGUGAAGGUUGUGCUGCUCUGGUUUCAGCUCUGAAGUCAAACACCUCAUCACACCUGAGAGAACUGAAUCUGAACCUCAAUAAACCAGGAGAAUCAGGAGUGAAGCUGCUCUCUGAUCUACUGAAGGAUCCACACUGUAAACUGGAGACACUACAGCUGCGUGACUGUAAUCUCACAGAGGAAAGCUGUAGAGCUCUGUCCUCAGUUCUCAGCUCAAACUCCUCCAGUCUGAGAGAACUGGACCUGAGUUACAAUAUUAACCUGCAGGAUUCAGGAGUGAAGCUGCUCUCUGCUGGACUGGAGAAUCCACACUGUACACUGGAGACACUGAGGCUGCAAUGGUGCAGUAUUACAGGUGAAGGUUGUGCUGCUCUGGUUUCAGCUCUGAAGUCAAACACCUCAUCACACCUGAGAGAACUGAAUCUGAACCUCAAUGAACCAGGAGAAUCAGGAGUGAAGCUGCUCUCUGAUCUACUGAAGGAUCCACACUGUAAACUGGAGAAACUACAGCUGUGGAACUGUAAUCUCACAGAGGAAAGCUGUAGAGCUCUGUCCUCAGUUCUCAGCUCAAACUCCUCCAGUCUGAGAGAACUGGACCUGAGUUACAAUUAUAAACUGCAGGAUUCAGGAGUGAAGCUGCUCUCUGCUGGACUGGAGAAUCCACACUGUACACUGGAGACACUGAGGCUGUAUGACUGUAAUCUCACAGAGGAAAGCUGUAGAGCUCUGUCCUCAGUUCUCAGCUCAAACUCCUCCAGUCUGAGAGAACUGGACCUGAGUUACAAUAACCUGCAGGAUUCAGGAGUGAAGCUGCUCUCUGCUGGACUGGAGAAUCCACACUGUACACUGGAGACACUGAGGCUGGAAGGCUGCAGUAUUACAGGUGAAGGUUGUGCUGCUCUGGUUUCAGCUCUGAAGUCAAACACCUCAUCACACCUGAGAGAACUGAAUCUGAACCUCAAUAAACCAGGAGAAUCAGGAGUGAAGCUGCUCUCUGAUCUACUGAAGGAUCCACACUGUAAACUGGAGACACUACAGCUGCGUUACUGUAAUCUCACAGAGGAAAGCUGUAGAGCUCUGUCCUCAGUUCUCAGCUCAAACUCCUCCAGUCUGAGAGAACUGGACCUGAGUUACAAUUAUAACCUGCAGGAUUCAGGAGUGAAGCUGCUCUCUGCUGGACUGGAGAAUCCACACUGUACACUGGAGACACUGAGGCUGCGUUACUGUAAUCUCACAGGGGAAAGCUGUAGAGCUCUGUCCUCAGUUCUCAGCUCAAACUCCUCCAGUCUGAGAGAACUGGACCUGAGUUACAAUAACCUGCAGGAUUCAGGAGUGAAGCUGCUCUCUGCUGGACUGGAGAAUCCACACUGUACACUGGAGACACUGAGGCUGCAAUGCUGCAGUAUUACAGGUGAAGGUUGUGCUGCUCUGGUUUCAGCUCUGAAGUCAAACACCUCAUCACACCUGAGAGAACUGAAUCUGAACCGCAAUAAACCAGGAGAAUCAGGAGUGAAGCUGCUCUCUGAUCUACUGAAGGAUCCACACUGUAAACUGGAGACACUACAGCUGCAUUCGUGUAAUCUCACAGAGGAAAGCUGUAGAGCUCUGUCCUCAGUUCUCAGCUCAAACUCCUCCAGUCUGAGAGAACUGGACCUGAGUUACAAUAUUAACCUGCAGGAUUCAGGAGUGAAGCUGCUCUCUGCUGGACUGGAGAAUCCACACUGUACACUGGAGACACUGAGGCUGGAAUACUGCAGUAUUACAGGUGAAGGUUGUGCUGCUCUGGUUUCAGCUCUGAAGUCAAACACCUCAUCACACCUGAGAGAACUGAAUCUGAACCUCAAUAAACCAGGAGAAUCAGGAGUGAAGCUGCUCUCUGAUCUACUGAAGGAUCCACACUGUAAACUGGAGAAACUACAAUUUGAGCCGCUUUAAUUCUGAUCUGAUCUGAUCUGAGUCUCACACACAGAGGAUGAUGAGGAGAAACUCUUACAGUACAAAGUGUUUGAAAAACAUGAUCAUUUAGUGAUAAUCAGAUGGUGUACAACAUGUCAGCACUUCUGCUUCUCUAGUUGUUUGUAAAAAUGCACCAGCUGAGAUAAAUAAACUUUAACUGUACAGUAAUGAAUCUUUUCUUAUUAACAGCAAAACAGAAACUGUUAAUGCACUUAUAAUGACAUUUAAUAGUUUUGUAUAUACAGUAUGUUCAUGUUUUUCCAUUUACAUUAGCAGAAGGAAACAUUUAUGUUUAAAUCACAUUAUAAAUAUCUUAUAGUAUCAGUUCAAUGCAGUAAUUUGGUCAUUGCUCAAAGUUAUACACUGUUUAUACACUGAGUUAAAGUCAUUUGUUUCCUACUGAAGUUGUUAGAAAAUUAAGAUUAGAAAAGUUUAAUUUAGUCGACUCUGUACAUAAUUAUGUUUUAAAUUUAUUAAAUCGUGUGUUUAUAUAUUUUUAA